GUAUUGGAGUGCUCUGCAUGGAGGAUAAUAAGAGCACCCCUCAGGUCCUCACAGUCGAGAUUCCCUCCGACAAGGCAGAGGUCGACGUCCCACAAGUAUGAGUUACCCAGUCGAAAAUGUCGAGUUCAGUCCCGCCCGGGCGAGCCUUCAUUGGUCCCAAGUCCAGUAUGACCACGUUCAGUUUGCCGACUUCAAUUCUGUGCAGGUAUCCCAGUAUGGAGAUGUUCAGUACUUCCAGCCCUCGGAGUCGGAAGACGAGAAUGAGCCUGAGGUAGACAAUGAGGGCGAUGAAGUUGAGGACGAGGGCGCUCCUCAACAAGAGGAGGUGGAGGCUCCCAUAGAAGCGGGCCCUGCGUCACCCACCUCACCCACAGCUCCUCUCUCGAGGAGCGCCAAGAAGAAUAAGAAAAAGGCUGCAAAGAAGGCGGCGGCAAAGGCCGCGAAAGCUGAGCCUCAGCCUAAGAAGGAGCUUGAGCAGCCGGCGUCCCCCCCCAACGGCAAGAUCAGCAAGAAGUCCAAAGGCAAGAACGGCAAGAAAGCCAAGGACAAGGAUAGUAAGACACCGAAGUCUCCCGCCAAGGCCGAAGAUGGGAAGGCCGGUGAACCGGCCCCUGAAAUCCCGAGUGCUGGGGAGGAGCCCAAGGCUGAGGAGAGCAGUGAACCUGCUAUUGCCGCAGCCGCUGCUGCUGCGGCCCCUGUGGUGGAGGCCGAAUCUAAACCCGAACAACAGGAGGUCGGCACCAACGGCGCUGGUGUCCCUGAACAGAGUCCGGCACCCGUUGCAGAAGCUGAGGCUGCCGUCGCCGAAGGCAGUGGGAAUGCCGUUGCUGAAGCUGCUGAAACCAAGGUCGCCGAGGAUGCUGGCCCGGCUCCCGUCAAAGUAGACGCCCCUGCGGAAAUGCCAGAGGAGCCAAGCUCCACCGAAGCGGAGCCUGUAGCUGUCAAGGAAGAGCCGUCUGAGGAGGCGAAGUGCGACGAAGUCACGGCGUCUGUCGAGACCACCGCCCCUGAAGCUGUUGCGGAAGAUGAGCAGCCGCCUGCAGAUACUCCGGCACCUACUGCUGAGGUUGAAGAAACACAAAAGCCCUUAGAGGCUACGGCUGAAGUUACUGAAGCCAAGGCCGAACCUGAGGCCGAGGCUCCUCAGCCGGAGAACGCCCAGGAGUUACCUGCCGUCGAGCCGGAAGCGGAAAAGGCGGGAGAAUCCGCCGGGGGUGAGGAGGAGGAGCAAGAGCAACCCAGCACUGCUCCCGAACCGCCCUCAGCCGAGCAGCCCUCAACCGUUGAGGAGGAGAGCACGCAGUCCCCGCCACCCGCAGAGGAAGUCAAGGCCGCUGAGACUGAAGAUGCCGCGGAGGUAGAGUCGAAGCCGGCCCCCGAGGUUGAGGGAAAGUCAGCUCCUAAAAAUGUGGCCGAACUCAAGGAAGAGCCCGUCCCUGAUACUGUUGCCGAAGCCGAUGAGCAAUCUGCUCCCGCGCCUGUCGUGGAAGUCAGCGAAGAGCCUGCGCUCGAGACAAAGGAAAAACCGGCUCCGGACACCGCGGCUGAAGCGAAUGAGGAGCCUACUCCUGAGGCUGCGGUUGAAGCCAAGGAAGAACCGGCCAACGAUGAGCCUGCGCCCGUGACCAACGGAGAGCCAGCUGUCGAUACUGCUGCUGAGGCCAGUGAGGGGCCUGUGCCUGAGAUCACGGCUGAAGUCAAGGAAGAGCCGGUCAACGAUGACCUUGCGGCGGAGACCAAGGAAGAACCGACCUCAGAGACUGCGGUUGGAGCCACUGAGGAGCCUACUCCUACUCCUGAGGCUGCCAUUGAAGCCAAGGAAGAGCCUGUUACUGAUACAAACGAGCAGGCAGCUCUUGAGCCAACCGAAGAGGCUCAGGAUAAGACAUCUUCUGGACCUGUCGCCGAGGCUGAGCAACAGCUCGCUCCUGAAGCUGUCGCAGAGGCCAACGAUGAGCCCACUCCUGACGCUGUUUCUGUAGCCAUCGAGGAACCGAACCCUGAACCCGCAGAUGAGGUUGAUGUACAGCUAGCUGCUGAGCCGAACAGAGCCAGCGAAGACCCGGCUCCAACAGCCGCCACAAACAAAUCCACGGAUGAGGCCAAAGAAGAUCCCACUCCCGAGUCCAUCACCGAAUCUCAAGCUGAACAACCUGCUGAGAAUGUCGUCGAAGCCAAGGAGCAACCGACUGCUGGCGCUACGGAGGACGCCCAGGAGGGUGCAGCUACCAGCGACAAUUCGAAGCAGGAGGCCAAGUGCGCGGUUGAGGCCAAGGAAGAACCAAAUGAUGAUGCACAGGACGAACCGGCUACUCAGUCUGGGUCCCAGGAAGACUCGAAGGAGGAACCCGUAGCCGCCGCCGCCGAACCGACCAUCUCUGCUACCGAUGACACCCCGGUACCUGUAGAGGCACCAAAAGCUGAAGAAGAGCCGGCGAUUGAGGAGAAGCCUGCCGCCGACGAUAGCACUACUGCUCCCGAUCUCCUUGAAGGGAACGAGGCCGCCACAGAAACCGAGUCCCCAGCAGUGCCUCAAACGGUUGAUGAGCCGAACGAUGCCCAGGAAGAAGCAUCCGCAAGUGUGGCUGAACCUGUAUCUCAGGUCUCCGCUAAAGGGGUUUCCGAACCCGCGGAGGCUGUCCUCGAAGGGGAAGCUGCGAAGAUUCAUGACGAUUCACCCACUGGGAGCUCUGAAGAGCCAAAGGACGAGACGCCGGAUGACCCCGUCACAGAAUCUGCAGAAUCUGCAGUAACUCAGAAUGACACCGUGGCUGCCCCCGAAGCAGCCGAGGAUACCAGCCAGAAUCAGCCUGAGGCAUCGGGCGUUGAGGAACCGUCGAAUCCGCCAGAAUCCACCGACUCGGAGAAACCUGAUGCGGAUGGCAAUGCCGAUGUGCAGGAGCCCAUUGUUGCCGAUGCUGCCACCGAGGUCAAGGCUGAAAUGGAUGAGUCUGAGCACGUUCCUGAGAUCAACGCCGCUGGCCAGCCUGAAGAACCUGCCCAGGCCGAGGUGGAAGGCGUUCUAGCUACGGAACAGGGCGCUACCGAUCCCGAGGAUGUGCCAGAGGAAAAGUCGGAGGUUGCUGCUGCCACGGAGGCUGCGGGGGCGGAGCCAGAAGAAUCCGCUGGAACUUCUGCCCCGGCUGUUGUUGAGGAAGCAGAGAGUCCUUCGAUGCCUGUUGAAGAGGCCAAGGCUGUCGAGGAGGCGCCUGCAGCCACAGAAGAAGUGUCGGCGGCUGAGGUCCGGACUACAGAAGCGGCUGCGGACGAGCCGGCACAGGAGUCUGUCGAGGAUUCCAAGCCUGAGCCCGCUGAGUCUCUCGAUGAGCCCGAGUCAAAGCAGCCACCUGCAGAGGUUAAGGUUGAAGCUGUUGCAGCGGAUGAUGCUGUUGAGGAACCCAAGGCUGAACCUGCCGAAGAACCCAAGGCUGAACCUGCCGAAGAACCCAAGGCUGAACCUGCCGAAGAACCCAAGGCUGAACCUGCCGAAGAACCCAAGGCCGAACCUGCCGAGGAAUCCAAGGCUGAACCUGCUGAGGAAUCCAAGGCUGAACCUGCUGAGGAAUCCAAGGCUGAACCUGCUGAGGAACCCAAGCCAGAACCUGCCGAGGAACACAAAGCUGAACCUGCCCAAGAAUCCAAGGCAGAUCCUGCAGAGGAGAAGGUUGAACCCGCCGAGGAGUCCACAGUUGAACCGGUUGAUGAGACUCAAACUUCAGCAGCUGAAGCUGCAUCUGAGGCUACAGAACAGCCUGAUCCCUCUGAGAAGACUACCACUGAGCCAGUCGAGGAACCGGAAGAGGACACCAAAGUGGAAGCCUCUGAAGAGGCCAAGGCUGUGGCUCCCGAGGAGCCGCAAGCUGAGGUCGCGGAGGAGGCUAAGGCCGAACCUGUGCUUGAGGCUGAGCAGCACGUUAACGCUGAACUCACCGACAAAGCCGAAGCUGAACUGACCGAGGAGCCUACCGUUGAACAGGAGGAGACAAAGGCCGAGGUUGCCGCAACUGUGGCGGCUGAAUCUGUUGAGGAAAUCAAGGCCGAACCAGCGGAGGAAGCUGAAGUCGGGCUGACUGAGGAGCCUCAAGCUGAACCGGUUGAGGAACCCAAAGCCGAACCGGCCGAGGAGCCCAAGACCGAGCCGGUCGAGGAGGCCAAAGCCGAGCCGGUCGAGGAGGCCAAAGCCGAGCCGGUCGAGGAGGCCAAAGCCGAGCCGGUCGAGGAGGCCAAGACCGAGGUGGUUGAGGAUUCCAAAGCUGAACCGGUUGAGGAGCUCAAAGCUGAACCGGUUGAGGAGCCCAAGACUGAGCCGGUUGAGGAGCCCAAAGCUGAAGUUGCUGAAACUACAACAGCCGAGUCCAACGACGCCCAGGCCGAGUCAAAAGAGGAGGUCAAGGAAGUUACCGAAGCCCAAAGUAAGGCAGAGGCUGCUGAUGAGCCUAAGCCUGAAUCUGCCGAAGAAGCUGAAGGGGAAGUGCCAAACGAGACCAAAUCGGAGCCUGUUGAGGUCAAGGCACAGUCCCCUGAGGAGACCAGCGCCAACGCGCCCCAGGUCGCAGCUGCGGCUGUUGUUGCGGAAGCUUCUGAGAGCGCCAAACAAGAGCUCCCAGCUACGGCCGUGGAGACUGUUGCCGAUGAAGCAAAGGCCGCCCAGCCGGAGCAACAGGCGAAUCAGGACGAGGAAACCGCAUCUCCUGUCGCUCCGACUCAGGAGGAGAAGCCGGCGAAAAACUCCGAUACAACUCCUGCAAUCGCAGAAAAUACCAAGGAGACGCCAGCAGAGGAGGACAACGAGAGCAAAGACACGGUUGGGCCAAUUCCCAGCGAACAGAAGGCAGCUGAGAAAAAGGCUACAGGUGAGGAACACCCUGCAUUGCUUGAUACCCCCGGUGGGAGUGGCAUGGCGGGAGGGGAGGCUUCAGAAUGCAUUUCGAAACCAACGGACACGGACUUGGACUUGCGAUACCCGGAUACCCACGAUACCCAUGAUACCCUGGAUGCGUUUGCAACGACUUCUGCUGUAAUGAGCAAUGAUACCCCUGAUCAACUUAAUCUUAAUGUGGCUGAAGAGGAUGAGAUUGUCUGGAAGACCGACAACGAAAUGGGCUCAGAGCAGGCCGACCUGGUCUCUGCCGAGACAGCAAUCACGGCAAGGGACGAGAUUGCCCUGACAGACAAGCUCGAGAAUACUACCGAGACGCAGGGAACAAACCCUGAUCAACUGUUGUCCGGGCAAACAGUCAUGGACAUUCCGCCCGUCGCCGAGGCUGAGACGAAGACGCAGUCUGAAGGCCAAGUCAUCAGCACGGAAGAAAGCGACGAGCAAGCAAUAAACCCUGACAAAGAGAUGCCUGUACCUGAGGCCGUCGAUGCGGAGGAGGCUCCAGCUCCAGCCCCAGAGGAACAGCCAGCUCUCCCGGCAGUUGAUACGCCUAGCGUUGAAGCCGAAGAACAGGCCUCUAGCACUGCCCAAGACAGUCUUACCGGAGUCAUUGAGCCAAACGAACCAACUGAGCUUGCUGCUUCAGAGGCUGAGCAAUCACCCGGUGCAGAUGCAUCCCGGGAGGUGACCGAGACUCAAGAGUCCGUCUCCAUUGAUGUCGCUGAAGAAACUGCUGUUGUUUCCUCAAUCAGGGGUGAAGACAAGGAGAAACCCACAGUUGAGGAACAAUCCACAGUCGAAGAGGAGCCCGCUGUCGAGGAGCAGCCCGUCGUGGAGCAGCCUUCAGUUGAGGAGAAGUCUGUCGAGGAGCAAUCCGCGGUUGAAGAGCAGCCCGCUGUCGAGGAGCAGCCUCUGGUCGAGGAGCAGCCUCUAGUCGAGGAAAAGUCUGUCGAGGAGCAAUCCGCGGUUGAAGAGCAGCCUUCAAUCGAGGAGCAAGAAUCAGCAGGCAUAACUCAAGACAACGAGUCCAACACCCCUAGCGGUAAUGCAACUGCAGAGCCUGAAGUGCCGGCUCCUGAGGAGGAAACGAGCGGUGCGGAAGCUCAGCCUGAAGAAGAACAGCCCACUGUGACUGCGGCUGAGAAAAACGUCGAGACUGAAGCGCCGCUUGCCGAAGCUGUGUUGGCUCAGGGUGACGGAGUCCAAGUCCAAGUCGAAGCCAUCGAACCGCUACUUUCCCUGUCUUCCCAGCCGGACCACAAGCCUGCCGACGAGACUGCCUCCCGGACCGAGGUUGCCGAAGAUACUGACGUCCAACCAUCUACUGCCGAAGCGGUACCAGCUGCUGAAAGCCUGCCUGAACCGCCCGUGUCUGAAGCUCUCGAUGCCGAACCACAGGUCGCUGCUACCGUCGUCGAGCUAGAUGACAAGGAGUCUUCUUCGGCGAUCGAGACACCUACUGCAGCCAGCGCCGCCUAUGAGGAACCGGAUCAGGUAUCGGAGCCUCACACCAUUCAAGAGAGUAAUUCCAAAUCGGCCGAGUUGGCCGCUAUCCAGGAUGAUAUGCCUGCGCCAGUUGAAGAGCCUACACCGGUUGAAGAGCCUACACCGGUUGAAGAGCCUACACCGGUUGAAGAGCCUACACCGGUCGAAGAGGCUGUAUUAAUCGAAGAGGCUGCUCCGGUCGAAGAGGCUGCUCCGGUCGAAGAGGCUGCUCCGGUCGAAGAGGCUGCUCCGGUCGAAGAGGCUGCGUCUUCAGUUGCCGAGGCGCCACAACCGGACGAACAGGAACAUACUGCAUGCGGUGUAGACACUGCCCCAGCCAGCGUGGUGGAGCCCGUCGAGCCGCGAGCACUCCAACCCGCCGAAGCACCCGCAGCCGAGGUGACUGUCGAAGAGCAAAAGACUCCAGCAAUCGACGUGGCCGACGUCGAUGAAGUUGAAGCUCCUAAGGUGCAAGCAAGUGAAUCCACCGAUGCUGCUGAAGUUGAGCAUGUCGUCGAGGAGCAAUUGCCUCCGUCGACUGGCGUGGCCAAAUCCGAGGAAGCUGCUGCGGAGCCACAAGUGCUUGAGCCCAUCAGCGCUGCUGAGAUUGAGGCUGCUGAAGCCGAGGCUGUUGAUGAGAAAUCCCCGUCACCAAGCGACGCUGUCAAGAUUGAGGAGGCUGUCCGAGAACCCACUCCCGAGGUCGCCCCUGGUGACGCAACUCAAGCGCUCGAGCAUCAAGAACCAGUCCAGGAACCCGAUCCGAGGGCCGAUACCACUCCCCUCGAGGAUGCCGCUUCCGUCCAUGAGGAGCCUGAGGAUAUUGAGCAAGACUCAGUUGCCAAGGCCACCACAGAACAUCUUGAGAGCGUGUCAGAUGAAAAUCUCGAGCCCUCCACUGAACCAGCCAGGCAGCCAUCAUCUCCCCAGGAGCCUGUUGCAGUUGGGACUUUGCUGGCAGUCGAAGAACAUGCCACGGCCAAAAACUCGGAGUCCAGUGUCGAGCACAUCAGGGCUGAAGACCAAGCGGUCCCCGUCACCGAUGUGGUCCAAGAAUCAAGUGUGGCUGUUGAGCCUUCCGAAGUCCAAGACGAGAUUGCUGAGCGGGAAGUUCCUGACUCUGUGUCGGUCGGCGUCACCGAGCCCGUCGCGCUGGAGGAACUUGUUGAAUCUGAGAAACCAACCAGUAUUGAGGAACCGACAAGCUCGGAGCGGCCGGCAGACGAGGAGAUGCCGUCAGCCGUCAAGGAACCAGUCUGUGCUGAGCCGCCCGUUAACGUCUUGGAAGCCGUCACUAUCCAUGAAGAUACGGACGCCGAGCAGCCGUCCAAUCCCGAUGGUGCUCCCGAAGUGGACAACAAGGUCGCGGACAAUGUCGAGGACAAAGCCGAGGAGCGUGUCCAGACAGAAAUUCUAGAGAAGCACGAUGACACAGGCAAUGACGAGCUGUUCCGCGAGGAGCCGGUUGUGUCCGAGGAGCCUGUCGUUCCCGACCAGCUUGCGGUGGUUGAGCAGGAGCAGCCCCGUAGUGCCGAAGAGCCCUCCACUACCGAUGAUGCUUCCAAGGUUGAGGAAUUUGUUCAACGCGAACCAAAACCAAGCGUUGAAGGCCCAGCCAAUGAUGAGCCCGCCAGCGCAGAGUCCGCUGUUGAGGCUGAGGAACCCGCUGAGGAACCCGCUGAGGAACCCGCCAGCAUCGAGCAGCCUCCCAAAGCUGAGUUGUCCGGAAGCGUUGAAGAACCUGACGUUCCCGGAGACAGCACCCCAAUAGAGGAACCAAGCCCCAAAGUUGAUACAACGGUCUCUGAGGGUUUGGUCUGUGACAAGGAAGUCAUUUCGGCUAAACCAACCGAAUCCGACGCAGUCUCCGAGGCCAUCAGUGCAUCAGAAGUCAAGCCCUGCGAGACUGAAGAUGUCAAGCUCUCGGAAGAAGUCGUUCAGAUGUCGCAUGAAGAUGUUUCCCAUGUCUCCCAUGCGGUAGAGGCUGCCGACGUUACCCCGAUCGUGAUCGAGAAUGUGCCAACCGACAUCGACGUAGUUGCAGCUGAUACGUCCUCGGAAGACUUUGUCCUGGUCGAUGCCGCUUCAGUCCCCCCGGCGUCUGAGUUGGUUGAAACUGCACUGGUUGAGGAGUUGGCUAGUAACGACCAAUCCACAGAGUCGAUCAAAGUCACCGUUGCGGACCCGCUAGCAGCCCACAAAGAGACGCUCGUCCCGCAGAGCGCCGUCAAUGAGGCUGUGGCUAUGGGAACAAGCCAGCUAGCUGAGGAACCACUGCUAGUCAAGGGUGCUGUCACAGCUUCCGAAGCAUCUGACUCUCUCGGUGACAAGCCAACCUCUCAGUCGAUACCCGAAGACUCAGCCAAUGAACAGGAAGUUCUAAUAGUAGAGACUUCUGCAGAGCAGACGUUGGUCGAAGCCGAGGGUGCUGCACAAGAAACUCCUGAGAUCACAACACUUAGCCCAGCUGAGAAGUCCAUCGUCGUUGUGAGCGAAGCGUACCAACCAGCGGUGGCUGAAGUCCAGGACCCAAGCAUCCCGCUUCCGGAUACUGCUGCCGUUAUGGAGGGCAAUGGCACGGUUGAGCCGGACAAGGAAGCAUGCUCACCGGGUAUUGCGGCCCCUGUUAUGGCCAAGGCGAGUGUGUCGCCGACGUUGCCAGAGGUUUCCUCAGACGGCGUUUCCGCUCUUGAGCAGCCAUCAUCUGAGGUGCUGCACGGGGAAACUUCGAGGACUCAACUUACUAGAGAGAGCGGCGCAGAGGCCCAAGCACCGAUCGAACAGGUUGCAGACAUUGAGGCUGUUCCCCAAGAAGUGAUCAAGGCUGGCGUCGAUGCUCCUGAGCCUAUCGCCGAACCCCAUGCCGAGGCCAGCACAGCCGAAGAUGUUAUUGCUCAGGAAACAUCUGUCACCGAAGAGCAACCAGUUGAGACCGUUUCAGUUGCCGAGCUGGCCACAGCCCAGGUACCAGGUGCUGUCGAGGUUAGUGGUGACGACAAGAGUGGCGAGGAGAGCACCGCGGUUGGAUAUACGGUUCAGGACACUGCCCCGUAUUACGACCCCAGAGCCACCAACGUCUCCUUGGGCACUGAGACGACGUAUCCGCUGCCAACCGAGACAACUCUCACGCUGCCGACUGAGACGUCCGUCUCUCUCCCCGAUAUGACAAAAGAGGCCAAGGAGGCCGUUGCAGCCGCCGACAAAUCCCAUGCAAAGGAAAUUGCCAUCGGUGCCGGCGUUGUCGGCGCUGUGGGAAUUUCUGCAACUCUACUUGCGCACAAUCCCACCUCUGUCAAGGAGCCUACUGUGCCACCGGUGAUUGAGCGCCUGGAGAAGUAUGCAGCUAAGCUUGAUGGGCCCGAAGGCUCGCAGGCCAUCUUCUCUAAGGAGAUUCCCGAAGAGCGUGCCGGACCAGAAGAUUUUCCAUCGCAGCGCGAACUGGCUGAGGAAGCCAAACCGACAUCGAUGGAAUCUUCGUUGGUUGUGGACAAUGCUGUUCCGCUCUCCGAGUCUUUCCACGUUGUUGAGAAGGACACACCAGCCCAAGAAGGGGCGAAGGAAGAAAAGAAGAAUGCUCCUUCUGAGGAUGGUGAGGAAUCUACUGCGCGGUCUGCUGUUGUUGCUGGUGGUGCCGAGGGAUCGAUGGCUGACGAUGGCUCUCUGGUUGCCCAAAGACCAACAACCCAUGAAACAGGACCCGCCCCAGGAGAAAUCGUUCUUGACUUCCGCGUUCCCACACCUGGUGUCGUUCUUCCUGAUCUCGACGAUCCUGUGGCUCAGGAGUUAGGCCGGAUGCGCAGCCUGCGCCGAAAGAGGAGAAACACCAUCAAGCAGGCCGAGGAGAUGGUUGCAGCCGCCGUGGUCAUUUACGCUACCGCUGAGGCUCUUAGUCCGCCCUCAAGUCCACCAGGAAGUCCAGAACGUGCCGGUCCAGGAGCCGUUGUCCGUGGUUCGAUCGAAAUGCAUUCUGAUGUGAAGGGGAAAGGAAAGGAUGUUGACAUGCCACUCCCGUCUGCCCAGGGUUUAGCCAACCUCUCCGAGAGUACUUGGGAGAGAGGCAGGACCAGAUCCAGAGACUUUGGAGACUUUGGAGGAGAGCUUUCUGAUCCUGUUGCUGACCUCUCAGUAGACGACAAAGACAAGACCAGGGAAGCAGCCAAGACAGAUGGCAAGGCGAGACGCCAUAGCCACCAUUCUUCGCACCACCGUUCUCAUCGGGAUAGCCGAGAUGGAAGCAAGGAGGGUUCCAGGCAUUCUCACCGCAGACGAUCUGACAGCCACACCUCGACACGCGAGCGGGUUGAUACCGCACCGCCGCGCACUCCGACCAGACAAGAUAGCGGCUUCUCUGAGCGCGGUAGCCCCAGAUCCCGGAGUCACCGCACCCCUGAGGAGCAAGCUGCUCACGAGAGGCGCAAGGAAGAGCGACGCCGUGCUCGCGAGUUAGAGAAGGCCAAAGAGGAAGCUCCUGCAUCACCAGGGAAGACGGACAAGGGUAAGGAGCGCUCCGUCCCUCGCGAGCACUCUGAGCGGUCCUCGGAACACCGCCGUCAUCACAGCUCGCGUCGUCACAGCCAGAGCGGGACGAGUAUGGAGCCGCCGACACCGACAGUCAGCAAAAAGUUCUUUGACAUUAAGAACGGUGAGAGCGUGCUCGAAUCUAACUUUGGCUCCAAGGAGACUGUGCCGCCUGCGCCGGCGUCGUCAUCCAAGGCUAUACCGCCACCCGAGCUCAGGCGGUCAAGCACGACGCGCAGUGCUAAGCUGCGCAAGUCGGAGGACCGCGGUGGCCGCAGCCGGGAGGAAGUAGUCACCCCGCCGGCCAAGGCCAGCAGGGAGUACAAAACCAAAGCGUCGGUCACGUCGGUUGGCGAGGAGGCGACGGCGGCUGGGUCGUCUUCUGCGAGCGCGGGCGACCCAGAUUCACAGGCCCAUCGGGCUAAGAGGCUGGAGAAGAGGGAGAAGGCGCGGGAAAAGGAGCAGCAAAAGGAGAAGAGCGGUCUGCGGGCUGCUCUCAAGCGCUUCUUUACUAGCUCUACUUGAGUUUGAGUUCGGUGCUGCUGCAGUUAGGAGAAUGGAGGGCAGGGGAGAAGGGUUACGAAGUGAUGAACGCAUUUUCUUCGGCUUUGUUUCUGGAUCGAUGAGGGAUUGGUUGACGAGUAUGACGAAGACAUUGAUGAUGGCUGAUGACUAUGAUGGACAACUGUGGACGCUUGUUGGAUGGCCACGGCGGACUGAUGAGUUAUGUACAAGUGUGUCUCUUGUGGUGUGUUCUCUUCUGUCGGGCAACUGACGACGAUGGCUUUCUUGUUCUAUUCCUUGUUACGAUUACAAGAACACGAUGAGUCUGUAACUACGAUGUGUGUUCUUUGAUGGACCCAAAUCAGGAAAACCAGAUGGAAUCGGACAUGACAGUUUCAAAAUGUCGAC